UACUCCCGCUAACUCCCGGUUGGCCCACAAAAACACGUCAUCCCUGCCGCACUCUAUUUGAAAGUUGAGAGUCGGCAGUCUGGAGUUUAAUUAAAAAAUAAAUACAUAAAUUAAAAAAUCACAAGGUCAAAAAAAAGUUGAGAGUCGGCAGCUUUCCUGUGAGUGGGUGUGGAUUCCGCACCAAUAAAGGACAUGCCCCAGCAUCUGAGAGCUGAAAAUCCUGCCAGUUUUUUAAAUGAUUUGGAUAACUUAUUUUAUUACUUGCAGUUUUUUAUCAUUCAAAUUUGACUGGGUGGUUAAUUUCACAUUUGUCUGAGGUGUGACAAACUGAGAACACAUUUAAUAUCAAACUAUACAUGGACUUCAACAAGUGGUCAAAAAAUGCCAUGUGUUUAUAAUUUGUUAAUCUAAAAUGUGUGCAAAAGGCCUGUAGAGGGGGCAUUAGGAGAACCUGAGUCUCCUGAGAUGUGUGUGGUAUAGUAGGGAUUUCACCUCUUUUAAGGAUUUAGUGUACAGCAACAGAUGUCAGCAAUCAGUCCUUAUCCCUUUAUCCCUGUGGUGGAGUGAAGAGCUCUCAUAUGUUACAACGGAUAAGACUUUAGAAUAAUAGAAGCUAACACAUAUUCUGCCUCGCACAAGGGCGUAACAAAUUUUAAAGAUGGUUACUCUUCAGGGACGGACCUGAUUUUGAACUGGAAGUAUGGUGUAUUGGUGGAAGUUGUUGAAUUUUAUAACUUUCUGGGCUCUGACUCAAGAGCCAUCGUGCUAUUGUUUGGUGCGACACCAGCUGCCAGUUUUAUGGAUUAUGCCAGUCAGUGGAGAACCAGGAAGAGACAACAUUACAGCAGAGGUUUUACCUGCGGUUCAACUGGCACUGCAGCAUUUGAGUGAGCAGCCACCUCCUUUAGGCAACUAUGAGCUUCAGUUUCAUCUCAAAGACUCUGAGUGUAAUAAUGCCAAAGCACUCAAAGCGUUCUUUGACGCCACAUUCUAUGGCCCCAAACCUCUCAUGAUCUUUGGAGGGGUGUGUCCAUCAGUCACAUCCCUCAUAGCCCAGUCAUUGGAGGCCUGGAACCUUGUGCAGCUGUCGUUUGCAGUAACAGCACCUUCACUGGCAAACAAAAGACGGUUUCCAAACUUCUUCCGUGUGGUUCCAUCGGACAUCGUAGUCAACUUGGCACUGGUGAGGUUUCUCAGGCACUACGGAUGGAACAGAGUUGGUACUUUGACACAAAAUGAGCAGAAGUUUACAGAGGUACAAAGAGACUUGAGCAGACAUCUGGAGGUGGCUGACAUCCAGUUGGUGGCAGCAGAGAGCUUCUCUGUAGACCCAUGUAAUAGAAUACAACAACUAAAGGAAAGUGAUGUGAGAAUAGUGAUCACACAUUUCGAUGUGAGCAUGGCUGCUGAAGUCCUAUGCUGUGUGUAUAAUCUCAGCAUGUAUGGUCAGAAGUACCAGUGGAUCCUACCAGACUGGACUCAAGGCAACUGGUGGAUUACCGGCCUCAAAAACUGUACUGAUACUAACAUACAGACUGCUAUGGAGGGGUCCAUCAGUGCUGAUUUUGAGACCCUUAGCUCCAGCCACAUCAGAGGGAUUUCUGGUAGGACACCUCAGGAGUAUGAGAUGGACUACAAUAAGCAGCAAUUGAAACGUCUGGGUGCAAGCAAAUUUCAUGGCUUUGCUUAUGAUGGUACAUGGGUGAUUGCCAAAGUUUUGACAAGAGUCAUGGAGACCGUGAGGUACAGAGAAAGAUAUAGCAUCUAUCGCAACUUUACUGUCACUGACCAAGAAAUGAGUCAGAUGAUUCUGGAGGCCAUCGACAAGAUCAACUUCUUUGGUGUGACAGGACAGGUUAUGUUUCAGAGAGGUGAGAGAUUGGCCAAUGUGCAGUUUGCGCAGUUUCAAGAUGGAAAGGCUGUAAAGAUUGGAAAAUAUAAAGCCAUUACAGGUGAACUAGAGUUCAUCAGUCCGGUCCAAUUCCAUGGCGCUGGACCCACAAAGGACCGAACUUAUGUGUACCAUCAAAGAAAACACAUCAGUAUAUUUCUGUACAGUAUCAUAACAUCUAUAUCUAUCUUAGGUGUUCUUACAGCUUGUUGCCUCUUAUUCUUCAAUGUGAAAAACCGCAAUCAUUGGUCUCUUAGCAUGUCCAGCCCUGUCUUAACUACUGUGAUUAUCAUUGGUUCAGUUUUCUCUUAUUUCUGCAUCUUCUUUUUGGGGCUGGAUGGUUCUUAUAUUUCUGAUGGAGCGUUUGAAGCUUCCUGCUCUGUCCAACUAUGGCUUCUAUCUAUUGGAUAUACAGCAGCUUUUGGAACCAUGUUUGCAAAAACAUUGAGAAUUCAUGCUAUCUUCAAAAAUUACAGAAUAGAAAAAAGGAUCACAAAGGACUAUGGGUUGACUCUGUUAGUUAUGUUCUUUCUGUUGGACAUGAGUUUGUUAAUUUGUAUGCAAAUUUUGGAUCCUUUAAGGAGGACAGUAAAGGAGUAUCAUAUACAGCCUGACCCCCAUGGGCAAGAUUUCUCCAUACAGCCCUUUUCAGAGCAAUGUGAAAAUGCAUACAUGGGUUUCUGGAUGGCUGCAUUCUAUGGUUAUAAAGGGAUACUCCUGCUGAGUACCUGUUUUCUAGCCUGGACAACACGUCAUGCAAAGGUUCCUGCUGUGAGUGACAGCAGAGGCAUCCGAAUCAGUGCGUUUGUGUCGGGCCCAGUGAUUCUUAUUGGUAUAUGUGAGUCCAUGCUGUUCCAGGAUCAACCAAAUGUGAAAUUCUGCAUUGUUGCCCUUGUGAUCAUCACAUGUUGCUCCAGCACUCUGUGCUUGGUGUUUGUUCCAAAGAUUAUUAUGAUAAGGAUGGGUCCUGCGUCCUUGUCAAGAAGAUUUUAUCUCACCCAGUGGCACAGUGAGAUUGAACAGGACAGUGAACCGCACUGUAAAGAAAAGGAAGCUAUGAAGAACUCGGGAACAUCUGACUGUGCACCUGACAUCAAGCAAAACAUCUCAAGCACCAUUGACAUUCUACUUUCAGAUAACUUACAGCUCCAACAACACGUGAAUGAAUUGGAUUCUGAAUUGGAGUAUUUGACCAGGCGACUGAAUGAAUUAAGUCCUCACCAUCUAGAGGAUCUCAUCAUCAGAAGUUCUGUGCACAACGCAGGCAAGAACAAAUGUCAAACUCUGUCUGAAAGAUCCAACUGCAACAGGAACGGACUAGAGGACAUCAACUCUCCUGAACACAUUCAGCGCAGACUCUCUCUUCAGCUGCCCAUUCUUCAUCAUGCCUACUUACCUUACAUUGGAGGAGUGAACUCCAGUCCUUUCAAUAGCUCCUUUGAUAUCCCUCAGCAUACAUUAAUGCCCAAAACAUGUGGACUGUUGGUGCCAGGAGGACCAUGAACUGUAUGCUGUUUAUACAGUGACAAACAUAGACAUUUCUAUUAUAGUUCUUAAAGAAGUGCUGAGGCAUGUAGAUAGAAAAACAAAUGUAUUGUAUAUUGGAUUAUUAGGAACACCAUACUAAUACUGUGUUUGACCUACUUUCGCCCUUAAGAACUGCCUUAAUUCUACGUGGCAUUGAUUCAACAAGGUGCUGAAAGUAUUCUUUAGAAAGGUUGGCCCAUAUUGAUAGGAUAGCAUCUUGCAGUUGGAGAUUUGUGGGAUGCACAUCCAGGGCACGAAGAUCCCGUUCCACCACAUCCCAAAGAUGCUCUAUUGGGUUGGGAUCUGGUGACUGUAGGGGCUAUUCUAGUACAGUGAACUCAUGAAACCAAUUUGAAAUGAUUUGAGCUAUGUGACAUGGUGCAUUAUCCUGCUGGAAGUAGACAUCAGAGGAUGGGUACAUGGUGGUCAUAAAGAGAUGGACAUGAUCAGAAACAAUGCUCAGGUAGGUUGUGGCAUUUAAACGAUGCCCAAUUGGCACUAAGGGGCCUAAAGUGUGCCAAGAAAACACCCCCCACACCAUUACACCACCACCACCAGCCUGCACAGUGGUAACAAGGCAUGAUAGAUCCAUGUUCUCAUUCUGUUUACGCCAAAUUCUGACUCUAUCAUCUGAUUGUCUCAACAGAAAUUAAGACUUAUUAGAGCAGGCAACAUUUUUCCAGUCUUCAACUGUCCAAUUUUGUUGAGGUUGUGCAAAUUGUAGCCUCUUUUCCUAUUUG